ACUUUGAUCAGAUUGUUCAGGAUUUGCUCCUCGACUCCUAUUGGCAUACAAGGUUUAUUUUAAAUUGUUUCGGGCCAAGUUAUAUUCAGAGCAAAACAGAAAGUAUUGAAAAGAAAUUGUCCAUAAUCACCUGGAAUUUUAUUCUUAUUUGUGAACGUAUAUAUACACACAAAUAAUUCGAAGGUAUUUUGAGAAGUCAUUAAUAUAACCAUGACCAGUAUUUUUGAUACGAUAGAGACAUUCACAAUUUGGACCGAUUAUGAGAAUUAUAGCGUCAACGACUCCGUGACCGACGGAGCAUCAGUAGAAAUCGGUGGCGAAGCGGGGUCUCGACCCUCUAGCCUUGCCAGUCUUGUCUGUAGUGGUGUCUUUACUGCUCUGAUCAUCAUCACCAAUACCAUCAGCCUUCUGGCCUUCGCUGUCGAAAAGCGACUCCGCACCUAUAACAACUACUUCAUCAUCAACCUCAGCAUACUUGAUCUUCUUGUCGGAGUGUCAUUGUCCGCACAGGUAGCGCAUGCUUAUCAUGGUCAUUACCCAUUUCCCCAAGAUAUCUGUAAGAUCUUAACCGGUAUCGCGGGCGGGAUUGUCAACGGAUCCAACAUCAGCGUGGUCGUCAUCUGCGCUGACCGACACCGAGCCGUCUACGACCCCAUCAACCAUUUCAUAUCUCGAACCAGACGUAAGGCCAUUCUUAUCAACUGCCUACCUUGGGUUAUAGGACUCUCAUUCUGGUUGGGUUACACCACCGUCUGGGAGUUCGUGGUCGACCACGACAACGGCACGCAAUGUGCGCCGCUCUUCUCCGAGAGUCCGAUCAUGUACAUGAUCCAGAACGUCUGUAAGUUUCAUCUGCCCUUCGUCAUCAUCGUUGUUCUCUACACCCGCAUCAUUCUUCAGAUACGAAAGACGGCCGGUGGAAGGAGCGUGAAUAAGAAGUUCGAUUCGAAGGCAUCGUCGUCGUCGUCGUUGGAGAAGACGAAAUCAAGCAUUGUCAAAGAUGUGACGUCAUCAAACGUUGAUCAGCAUGAUGGGGGCGUGGACGAACCCGAGAAUGAAGUGAAGAAUGAUGUCACCGUUUCUCAUCCAGACAACAGAUUCACUUCAUCUAAUCAGAAAUCCAGCGCACAGCGGAUGGAAUCACCCUCCGAGUCGCGCAAAGCCACACGGACCCUCUCCCUCAUCAUCGUCGCUUUCGUAGUGACCUGGAUCCCUUUCAGCGUGAUCAGUUUACUCCUGACCAUCGAUGCUCGUCUCAUCAUUCCUCGUAUUCCCAUACAACUCUACGUCUUCUUCGCGUUUUUGACGUAUGGAAACAACCUCCUGAAUCCCAUAUCAUAUGUGGUAUCUCAGCCAUUAUUCAGGGCUACUGUGAUGAGGAUCGUAUCAUGUAGGGUAUGGUGAUCAGGCAUGGUGAUCGUCCCCUUGACCAUGAUCUGAUGCCUAGCUAACGCGCUACACUCAUGAAUAAGGUAUUUUCAAUCCUACUCCUACCAUUUAGCAUAACAUAUAAAGAAGAGUAAAGGUGAGAAGAAAGCUUCGUCGGUUAAAGAGAACACAGUGAUGUGAGGCUUGUACCAUCACAUCGGGUUAUCAUGGUUAUCGCGUCCCGUCGGGCAAUCGCGAAACCCGACCUCGAGAAAAAUCAAAGGUCCGCUAAAUUUCCGAAAGGUCAGGUCCAGUUUAUCCAAUGUUUAGAGAAAACUCGAGAAAACUUAAGGGCCCUCUAAAUUUCCGAAAGGUCGGGUCCAGUUUACCCAAUGUUUUGAGAAAUUAUAGCAAAAUUCUCGAAUGGUAAACUGGACCAGACGUUUCGGGAAUUCAGGAAGCCCUUUUCUCGAAUGGUCGGGUUACGCGAUUGCCCGACCAGACGCGAUAACCUAGUGUGAUGGUACAAGCCCUGAUGAGAUGACCGUUACUCAAGACAGGUGUCCACUCAGAGGAUGCUGCACCUGUUGCUCUCUUAACGUUCCUUCCCCCAAAAUCCCAAUCAUUCAUACUCCGUUCUACUCUGGAACUUGAAUUGAGGUUCUGAUGAAAGUAACGUUAAAUUCCGAAAUUCUUUCCAAUAAGAUUUCCGUUCUGUAGCGUUAAACAAGGUCAGUGAGUUCUGAAAAUUCUUCGCACAAUGUAAACCAUUCUAAUCGGUUAGCUUUUUAUUAUACAUAGAAGAGAUUAAAGGGGUAAUCCGGACUGAAAAUAAUUAUAUCUAAACAAAGUAGAAUUCACUGAGAAAAUGCUGAAAAUGUCAUCAAAAUCUUAUAACAUAAAGAAGUUAUUGUAGCAACAUUCUGUGAAAGCAGUUAUGCACGCCGUCUUGAAUAUUCAUAAGGUGAGCUGAUGAUGUCAUGUCCCCACUUUUCUUUUUAUUAUGUUAUUAUAUGAAAUUGUGAUUACUUCAUAUUUCUAUACAUGCGUGUAUGAUGUGUCACUUAUAAUGAAAUAAUCAAUGAAUAUCUAAUGCAUUAAAUCAUUUGUCAAUCCAAUAUUUUAAUUUUUUGGAGGACACAAUUUGAAUGAAUAUAAUUUCAUAUGAUAAAAUACAGAAGAACAAGUGGGGAUGUGACGUCAUCGGUUUGUUCAUUGAAUAUUUAUGAAGACAUGCACACGACUUUCACCAAAAUAAUGCAACUCUUUGAAAUGUCAUAACUUUGUUAUUCCCUGACCAAUUUUGACAAAUUUUCAAUAAGUUGCUUGUUUGGUUUACCAUUCCACAGAGGGAAGACAUUUGAAGGACCUUUCAAUGAACAAAACUUGGCAAGGUCUUACAGCAGUCUCCAAGAUAACUGAAAUUUGUCAUCUCUGUGGAAUGGCUCAGAAAGACUCCUCAAAGAAUUCUGAAAGACUGAUGGAUAUUUCUUGUCUUAAACCCCCACUCCACAGAGAACAAGACCUCUGAAAGACUGCUGUAAGACCAUGACACUUGCUUGAUCUUUCAAGGGUCUUUCAACGAAGUUUGAAAGAUCUCCGAGGUCUUUCACGAUUCCUGAUAAAUCUUUCAAUGGUAUUCGUGGUCCUCAUGAGUCCCAAAGCUUUUUGAAACGGUUCAAAACAGUCUUUCAGCGGUCUUACAGGAAAAUUGUCUUUUGAUGGUUUUUAGCAGUCUUUCAGUGGUCUUUCGAUGAACUUUCAAAGUUCUUACUAGUCUUUCCAUGAUCUUUCGGCAGUCUCUCAAGAUUUUUGCGGAGAUCACUGUAGGACUCAUAACAUGCAUAAGAGAUCAUUGAAAGACCAGGCAAAGUCCAUGGAAAAAAUUCUGAAAGAUCACUAGUCUUGUUGCAUAAAAGAUCUUAGAAAGACCAUUGAAAGAUCUCUAUACGACUAGUCUAAGACCAGUAAGACAAGAAAUACCCAUCAGUCUUUUAAAGUUCUUUGAGGGGUCUUUCUGAGCCAUUCCACAGAGAUGACAAAUUUCAGUGAUCUUGGAGACUGCUGUAAGACCUUGCCAAGUUUUGUUCAUUGAAAGGUCCUUCAAAGGUCUCCCCUCUGUGGUAUGGGACUGGAGGUCUUGCUUUCUGUGGAAUUGGGGUUUUAUCUCUUCAAGUUAAAAACACGUUAUUUUCAGCUGGGAUUCCCCCUUUAACCCUAACCAUGCAGACCGGUCUUUUUUGAAAAAGCUAGAAAACCGGGGAGGGUUAUCUUCAAUACGUUACGUUCGAAUAUUCAGAAGGUUCGUUUUUCCGAAGGUACAUAAUUCCGAUGGUUCGUAAUUCCAAAGGUUCAUUAAUGAUGAUGAUGCAUAGCAUUUGUAUAGCGCCACGUAUUUCCCUUACUAAAAAUUUGUUGCUAUUUGAUUGGUCGAGAGCCCUUCACGUGACUAUAUUUCACCAGAAAAAGGAAAAUCAUCGGAGAUCAAAAUAGUACGUGACGUCAGAAUAGAAUAGUUCUUUUUUACUAUUUUGCGUCCGACUGAAAACCGCGCAAUCACUCGGGCACAACGCACGACGGACUGCCUCCACCGCCGGUGUACCGGCGGAUCCUGCGCCUGGCAGAUACUGUUCUAGGCACCAAAUCCGCCGGCGGUUAUGGUUCUCCUCCGGCGGAUUCAGUACCAAGAAAGGCCACUCUCUUCGGAAGAUAUCGUUCUUGCGCUAUCGCGAUAUCCUUCAUUCACAUACGUCACGUGGUACGAGAAAACUAGUCAAAAAGCGGUAGAUUUCAUCAAUUAAAGCUUGCAGAAAAAUAUAUUCAUGAUAUCUCUAUGUGAUAGAAGUGAAGAAAUAAAAUGCGUAAUCUGAAAGGGGAAAAUAACCCAUUUUCUUGUUACAACUCUACGGGAAUUACACCACUUCUAACACUACAUGACGUCACGGUCUCGGUGCGAGGCCGGUGAAAGCAUAUUUACAAGAAAGUAUAUUUUCGAAACCCGAUAAUUGGAGUUAUUCUUAAGCAAAAUAUUCAGCUGUAAGCGAUGACUGCAUAAAACUUGCAUUUCUGUUUUUAGUUUGAAUUAAUAGGUUUCGAUUUGACUGAUUUGUCAACUUUUGGGGUCUGGUCUGGGUCUUUAAAUAGUCCACAUUUAGUCUUCAUUCAACUUUCAAUGUCUACUGCACUACUAGUAUACAAAGAAUUUACCCCAUGAUAUGAUAAUGCUUGUAGUCUAAUAACAUGCAUUUGUUAAUUUAUUUUAUACCUAUUAAUUUAUUGCAGUAUGAAAAGUCCUUCUUAUCACAAUUUUGGGGAUAAAUUGGGCACAAUAUGCAUCAAUUAUGAUUAAUACAGAGUAUUAAAUAAAGACAAACAAUGGCAGUUUCGAUAAUUAAAAUCAGUAUUUGUAUAAAUUUGUAUAAAUAAUGAUCACUGCAAAUGAAAUUCUUGAAUUACGAAAUUCCAAUGUAUUAUUAUUAUUUCCUCCACAUUUUCUCGUAUAUUUUUUCUAUUUUUCUCUCCCUCCCCUUCCUCUUCAUAUUUUUGUGCUAUAUUACCCUCGCGUAUACGCCCCAGAUAUAUUCAUAAUGUGCAAGAACGAUUUAGGAAACUGGAAAAGAGGCAAAAGGGGCGAAAUGAGCAGGGACAGAAAGAAAGGCAAAAAAAAUAAAGAGAUGAAAACCAGGAGGGGUAAAGUAAAAGAAACAAAAGAAUAAAGGAGAAAUUAUAUUUCACUAAAGAUCCCAUAUUGAUCUUAAAAUUUGAUGACUGAGAGGUAAAUUAGGGAGCACCAAACAGUACGUGGCGUAUCUAACUUUUGUCAGGGUGAUCUUCCGGUCCCCUUCAAUCAUCAUCAUCAUCAUCAUAUCACCGUCACCCUCACCUUUAUCAUCUUCAUCUUCAUACUAAAAAUAUUGCAUGAAUUGAUGUUUCGUAUUUAAAAAUAAAUAUGCCCAUUCUGCUUUAUAAAUGCAUAAAUUAAUUUAAUUAGUUUUAGUUUGGGAUUGUCAUUUUUCUUCAAGCAAUCUGCUUAUGAUGACAAUCCUUCUCCUGCAAAUUGUGAAUAUCAUAUAAUAAUUUGGUAGUUAAUCAUUUUUGUCUGGAAUAAUUUUUUUAGUAUACUUUAUUUAUGAUUCAUGCCAAAAAUGCUAACAUAAUAUUAUGUUUAUUAUGUUAUGGAAAAUGUAUUAUACGAAUGUUCCAUGGAUGCAGAAAAAAACAAUAAAUCAAAUCAAAUCAAAUAAAUUAAUUCAGAUUCCUU